AGUUUCCUAAAACACUAGGUUCAAGAUUUGGUUUCUUUAGGACGGGUCUAAUAACAGCCAUUUUAAAAGGUUUUGGAACAUAUCCAAGCUUAAGAGAUGAGUUUAACACAUUUAACAGGGUAUUGCUAAUCUGCGGUGCAAUUUCCUUGAAGAAUUUUGUAGGAAUUGGGUCUACGAGGCUAGUAGAGGAUUUACAGGAGGAAAUUAAGCUCAAGAGUUCUGAGUGUUUUAUAGGAAUGAAAGAUUCAAAGGUCACAUUAUUGGUAGGCAUAAGACUAGCAGGAGGCUGGCAGCCGUAGGUAGCUAAGGAUGUGCACUGGAUGGUCUGUCUAAUCUUAGUUAUUUUACCAUUAAAAAUGUAAUAAACUCAUCACUCUUAAGAGCUUGAGGGACUUGUGAGUUUAAUGAAGAAUUCUGUGUUAAUCUAGCCAUGGAUUCAAAUAGGAAUUUUGGAUUGGUUUUGUUCCCGUCUACUAAUCUGGAGAGAUACACAGACCUAGCAGUUACUAGUGCUUGUCUGUAUUUAGACAGGCUCUCUUUCCAUGCAGAUUUGAAAACUUCUAGUUUAGUUGAGCGCCAUUUGCGCUCUAGCUUGCGUGAUGCCUGUUUGAGUUCACGUGUAUGAUCAGAGUACCAGGGGGCAGGUUUCUUAUCGCUAUGCUUUAUCUUCUUAAGUGGAGCUACAAGAUCUAGUGUGCUACGAAGGGAUUUUUCCAUGUUUGCAGUUGCCUGUUGAAGUUCAUUUACACACGAUGCUUCAGAUGUAAGGCUGAAGGACUGUGGAAGUUGUUUCAUAAAUGUUGUUGUAGUUAGUGAGGCAGUGGAACGUCUGAUUCUGUACUUUGGAGCUGUGGUCAACGGGAGGCUAUAUUGGAUUUCAAACGUUAGCAAGUAAUGAUCUGAGAGCAGAGGACUCUGAGGCAUAAUAGAUACAUGUUCCACCAGGAUGCCAUGACUAAUAAUUAAAUCAAGGGUAUGGUUACAGGCAUGAGUAGGCCCGACUACAUUCUGACAUACACCUAGAGAGUCAAGGAUAGCUGCAAACGCUAUUUUAUUUAUUUAACUGCUUUAGGCACCUACUAACAUUUCUGACAAUCAUGAAGCAUAUCACAUUAAAAGUAUAGAUUAAUGAGUAGGUACCAGAUUCGCUUUAAGAAUGACUCCCCUGCAGUGUCUUUAAGAAAAAAAUCUUAACCAUUAUUGCUCCAUUAACAUACACAGCUUUGAAUAUUGGAAUAAAAGCUGUAAAUUGUUUUUGAGAAAGCAUCCACUAAUUAACUAAAUGCAAAUAAAAUAAUUGUCUUUCUUUAGUCCAUUUUCUAACUAUGUAUCCUGGUUAGGGUCACGACGUAAUUCCUUGUCUUUUUGCAGUAAAAUAUAGUUAUCCCUGGAUCAGAUUGUUUCGAGUAGUAAUUAAAAAGUAUGUGCGUUUUGCUUUUUGAUCCAUUCAUAAGAGUGACAUAGUUGUGUGACAAGUUCAAACCUGUAACUCUCCCUUAUGUCCACUGGGUGGCAGUAGGGCAUAGAGGAGAGCAUGGCGCGGUCUGCGAGCUGUGAACGUCGGAGCUGCGUGCCAAGUGCCUCCCACUGGGGUUGCAAAGAGAGGCAGAGAAACAGCUCCAGACUCCAGACCUAAAAAAAAAAAAAAACAUCCUCAGCCUGAGAAGCAUGUUGUCUAGCCAGCUGGCUGCUUGCCCCUGCCUCGAGCUGCUGUUCCCACAGGGAGGGUGUGUGUGUGUCUGAGCUGCGUGUGUGCGUGCUGGGGCCUGGGGGGGGGCUGUGUGAGCCUUGACACCUCCGGCCCAGCUCUACCACAUGCCCGACACGGCGGUAUUAUGAGCUCUUACCGAAUCCGUUUCAUUAGUUUUAUGUUUCUGUUUACCUUGUCUUAGUUUCUUCUUCUCAGGAUUUUUUUCUAAUAGCUAAACUUUAUUUUUUCAUGUUUUUGUCUUUAAGCAUUUGUGACAGCGUACAUGUAGAUGUAACACAGUGCUGACUCACUCGGAGAUUUAUGAACCUGCCACAAAGUAGUCGUAAGAAAAACCACACGGGCGAAGUAGGUGGCCACCUUCCAGCUGAUUACAGGAAACGGGGAAGAAUAUCUUAAUCACAAAAUGCCAAUGUGUGCCGCUGAAAGGCUUAAAAGGCCCUAAAUGCAGCCUGAGUCUAUAUGAACAAGAGGUGAAAAAAGGUCUGAAAUGGCCUGAAGCUUAUCGUAUCUUUACUGUUAAAACCAGCGAGGACCAUUUAAUGGAGGAAAAUCUGACAUUGCUCAACCUCAAGGCCGGUGUGACCUGCUAACUGGCAGUAGCAGCAGAGGAGAAUAAUGGUUGACAUUUCACAAGAUCGGGGUGUCGACCCUGCCGACCUUCGCGAUCACCUCCUGGAGCUGUGGGCAAAGAGGGAGCUCGCCCAGCUGCGUGCGGAGGCCCGUAGGGGCUUCUCUGGCCUGCGGGAGCCCCUGAGCGGCCUAUUGUGCAUCCUGGAGGGCUGCCUGGAGUUACAGAGGGCUAAGGCUAACUCGCUCGGCCAGUGCAUCCUAGCGGAAUUCCAGCUCUGGAGGCAGGGCCACCCCCAGGUCUGUCUGCAGCAGGAACCAGCCGGACGGGCGAGAGAACUGCAGCUCAGGGCACUGGGCUUGCUCAGCGACCCCCAGCCCAGCUUCAUUGACCCCCUGCUGGACGUAUACCAUCUGCACUGCCUGGACCGAGGCCUGUUGCUGGCACAUAUGAGAAAACUGCAGGUCGCUGGCUGCCAUAGAGAGGCGGUGUUGCUGAGCACCAAGCUGGAGCUGCAGGCCGAUCUGGACGUGGAGGAGAUGUGCGUGCCCCUCAUCCUGCAGGACAAGCUGCAAUUGGCUGAAUCAUACGUGCGGGGACACCGUCAUCUAGAGGAGUGGCUGGUUAAGCUCCUGGACUCGUGGUGUAGCCCGGAUUUCAGCGUGGCCCAGUUAGAAAGGCAGUACCCCGAUCUGUGUCUGUCUCAGCACCAAACCCAACGCAUUCAGCCCAAGAUGAUCAGCAAGCAGGUGUUCCGGCUAAUGCAGCAGUUCAGCCUUGACUCAGCCCUGUGUCCCAAUUCUGUCACCAAGAGGAAGCUGGAUUCUCUGAAGUUUCUCAUGUACAAGAAGUUUAUUGAGAAGAGCAUGUCUGAAGAGAACUGGAGUGACCAUGUUCAGGCGACAGUAGGGGACAACCCAGAACUGCAGGCUCGCCUGCUGGAGCUCCUGGUUAAGUACAGUGGCUUGAAGAUUGCAGCGCAGUGGUCACUCCACUACGGCGUCCCCAAAGAGAACGUUCCUCCUGAGGUGUGGGAGGUGCAGCAGAGUCUACCCCCCGCGCAUCGAUCUGAGGACGCCUCUCUGUCGCCAGAGCCCUGGGACCCCCCUGGGACUGAGCGAGAUAGGUAUUACCAGCUUCCUGUUUCCAAGGAAAACGUCCAUUUCGUCAACACCCUGGAGCUGCUGGACCUGUGCAGAGAGGUGGCACUACAGCCCGGCUCUCUGGUCGGAGUGGACAUGGAGUGGCGUGCGGGCUUUGGCUGUGUCGCCCCGCAGAAGGUGGCUCUCAUCCAGCUGGCCACGCCAGGACACGUCUUCCUACUGGACCUGUGUGCUGCCGACUUCUCCCGCCACCUUUCCAUGGUCCAGGCCGUCCGGCAGCUUUUCGCUGAUCCCUCCAUCCUCAAGCUGGGCUACAGCAUGUCAGGUGACCUCAGCAGCCUCUUGGCGACGUGGUCUGAGUUUGCAGAUGAGCCUCUGAAGGUGGAUGGAGUCCUGGACCUGCUCCCCGUGCACAAACAGAUACAGCGGAGUCACCGGGGUUCUUUGGCCAGGGGGGCUCAGGAGGUGGAUGUGAUGGAGGGGGCCGGGGAGAAGGGGCUCAGUCUGCUGGUGAAGCAAGUGUUGGGGAAGCCCUUGAACAAAACGGAGCAGCUUUCCAACUGGGAGAGGCGGCCGCUGAGGAUCAGCCAGCUGCGCUAUGCUGCCAAUGAUGCAUACUGUCUGCUAGAUGUCUACCUCGCUCUGUCCCAGGACCCAGCACGCUACAGCCUACCCGCCAACCUCUGCUGCGCCCCCGCAGGUCAGGCUGGGAACUGCAAGGAGGCGAAGAAGCUGAAGGAGAAAAGAAAGCAAGCCCGGCCUCCCAGGGUGACCCCCGGUGACCCCGGCGCGGCGGGCGGCGUCCUGCCCUCCGCAGUGCAGCUGGGCCCCCCCAUGGAGCCCCGCCAGCUGCGCGUGGUCUGUGACAACAUGCUCCAGGGACUGGGCCGCUACCUGCGCUGCCUGGGGGUGGACGUGCUCAUGCUGGAGAACACCGACGACCACAGAGUCGCAGCCAAACUUGCCCGAGCGGAGGGCCGUGUCAUCCUCACCUGCGGCCAGCCGUACCAGACCUUGAAGUCACAGGUGGGUGAGGGUCGCUGCCUGCUGUUGGACUGCUCGGAGAAGGCCCGAGACCAGGCUGUCAGGGUCCUCCGGCACUUCCGCAUCCGCCUGACGCCCGAUGACAUCUUCAGCCGCUGCCAGGCAUGUAAUGGCGACCAGUACAUGAAGCUUCCCAGGGAAGAGAUGGCACGCAUACUGAAAGAGAGAGGGCUCAUGGAGGAGCAGGUGGAGCAGGCUGAGGACUGGGAGGAGGAGUAUCAGUCUUUGAACCUCCCAGCCACGUCACCUGGCAAAGGACGCAUGAGCGCCAGGUACGCGCCUCACUGUCGCUGGGCCCCCGCCUCGGACCUGGACCCAGACACUCUGACGUUCCCCAGCGGGGCCCAGCUGCAGAUCCACACGGUACCAGUGGGGCUGCUUUCCAACGUGGCCUUGUUCUUCAUCUGCACUACGUGUGGAAAAGUUUUCUGGGAGGGCUCCCAUUUUGAUCGGGUUCUGACCCAGUUCCAAGAGGUGCUGAGCAUCAAUGAAGAUUCAGGCACCUCCAGUGGUUCCAUUUAGCCUGGCUGGUAGGGAGCUUGAAGGUGCAGAGUUUGUUGGGACGCCACUACUGUCCCUUAGAAUUUCACGGAAAGUGAUUCGGUUAGAUGUACAUGGCAAACCUCAGGCAUCAUUUAUCUCCUUUCUCUUUAAUUAUGCUUUAUAUCUUAAUUUAUUCUAUUGCUGGGUUGUUUCAGUUCCCCAUUUAGAAAUGUACUGUUUCAUCAUACAUUUUUUAAAUCCACUGUUUAGUGAUUUUUAUUUUUUUUUUUAAGAUAUUAGUUAUUAGUUUGCAGUGCCAUCCUUUGAAUACCGUUGGAAAUUGAAAUUCAGAUUUACAAACUGACCUCACUAAUUUACUAUUAAUGAAAUCUCUUCUGGUAGGCAGAGAAUAAAUGUUUUUUUUUUUUAUUGGAUUAAUAGAUCUGUGGUUUGAUGUAAUAGCAUGUUUUAUGGACAACGCAAAAAUUAUUAAAUAAUUUGCUGUGCAAAUACAACAUUGUUAUUAGUGUCUAUGUGUUGUAUAUACACACAAACAGAUGAUGUGAAAAAUUUGGUGGUUGUGCAACGGGUUAGCUGUGCUUGUGUGUGUGUGUGUGUGUGUGCGCGUGCGUGCGCACACACACACAUGUGCGUGCAUAUGUUUGUGUGGAGUCUGUGUACGUUUGUGUGUGUGUGUGUAUUCAUGCGUUUGUGUGGUAACUGGCUGAUGAGGAUGUGUUUGAACAGAGAAAUCUGCAAACUGUGUUGGAUUGUGGGCCUGCAGGACCGGAACUGGGGAACCCUGAUUUAUGGCACUAAGAGCUUCAUUAUGUUAAUGCGCCAUGAUUACAGACCUGCACUUUCUUGCAUGCCAUGUCUAUACAGAAUGACACUUCAAAUAAAAAGUGUUCAUGUAAUCUCAAUCAGCACCUUAUGUAUGUCUAAAUUAGUUCAGUGUAUAAGUGCUUUUAGCUUUCAAAAUUGGCGUUAUUGCCCCAUACUGUCGAAAGAGAGGAUGCUAUCUGGGAAAGAAUUGUAUUCUUUUGUGGCCCAGCCUCAAGGUUCUUUGUCAGUUUGUGAAUUUUUCAUGCAAUCUCAAAGUUUCCAGUUAAUAGACAACUUCCAUAAAAACUGAAACGUUCUGUUGCAUUUAUUCUUCUGCAUACCAUUACGUUUUGUACUUUGCUGAAUCUGUGAUUAUUUUGUUGUACUUUUAUACUAAACUAAAAUGCAAAUAAACUUCAAAUUUAA